UAAAAUUCACGCUAAUAAUACACGAUUUUCAAUAUCAAAAUUGUUUAAUUUAUUCAAUAGCUAAUUUUGAUUCCGAUAAGAGAGUCGAUCAGAGAGAGAGAGAAUAACUUCAAGUUUAGAAAUCGAUUCCAGAGUACGAGGAGCGACAGACACUGAAAUACCAGACCAGUGUAAUAUACUACCAAGACCAUCCUUCAAGAACUCUUCUACAUACAUUCCACGAUAUUCAACCAUCAAUCUACAUUAGUUUCCAUUUAUUUGGAAACCCAACAGACGACGAAACGUUUUCCAACUACAGACAGGGAAUCUUCCAAAACUACAGCACGAUGAAUAUGAAUUCUAACAUGUCUACAGUCAUUGAAGAUCAAGGUUUUCAGUCAGAAGACAUUUUACGUAGACGUCUGGCACCUUACGUUACCUUUGGACUGCAAGAUCUUCAAACUUUAAUGCGACUUGAUGGAAACACUCCGAACUCGAAUCUUACCAACCAACUAAAUUUGAAAGAGGUUGUUGAAAAUAUUUUCAAGCCAAAGAUAUCCACAGAAAAAACUACAGACGUGGUUGUGAAUGGAGCCGAACACAACGACGUCCCAAUAGAAUACACUAUUAGAGGGUUAAAGUCCCAUGAGCUUCCAGUCAAAGGUGUGUACGUACAUGGUCAGAUAGCCCCUGGUUUCCCCUACAAAGUCAGAUACAAUGGUUCUGAGAAGUAUAUGUUUGGUGGAGAAGCAAGGUGCCUUCAAUCAAUUGGUAUGGGAUAUGGUAAACGGCUGACAUUCACUGGUGAUACUCUCAACGAUAAAGACUGCUACUUCUGGUCGGACAGCCACCCGGAAGGUUUUGCCUUCAAUAUCGCAGCAGUAAAGCAGAAUGAAAAAUUCAUUAUUCUCAACAGUCUUAUGGAACCAAUCGGAGAAGCUGUUGUCAAUUACGUCAACGAAGACCAACACGAGGAGUCGUCCGAAGUCGUAAAUGGCGUCGUCACCAAGAAAGUACGGGUCACUUUACAAUGCAGCGUGAACUUUUCUCAAAAACGAUAUCAUGGGCUCGUUGAUCUCCAUCAAACAAACUUUGAAACCAUUAAUGGUACUGCCCUCCUAACGAAACAAAAACGAGAACGAAAAGCGAAACUUGACCUAAUUGAAAAUGUCUUUUUAGGCAAUUUCGGGACUUGCUCACUGCACAAAAAAUCUUAGAUGCCACUUUCAAAAUAUGAAUUUUUAUAAUUUUAAAUCAUGGGCUAUGCUGAGCUAUGCUGCCUUGAACUGCUUUGAACGAAGGGUCGAGUUAUCUCGCCUUCUUAUUGCAAUGUGAGUGUGAAAAUUGCUAUCGCAUUUAUAAAAUUGUCUUGUGACAAGUAAAAUUUCUUUGAAGUCUAUAAUGAAGACGUGAUUACGGGUAUGAGUAUCAUGUAAACAAGGAAACUACUUUGUUCAUUCCACCAAACUGGUAAAGACAUGACCAAAUUGAUUUUCUUAUGAGAAGUACAACUAUAGUCCUCAGUUCUUUUGCUAUUUUAUCUUUAUUUUGAAUAUUUAUUUUCACUUUGUUUACAAGUGGAGCGAACUAUAUCAAUGUUUGUUUUAAUAAAGUUAUUUUUG